AUGAACGGAUUUACUAUUGAUGCUAUUUUAGGCAACCAGAUUGUACAACAGAAUAAACUAACUUUAAAUACUACAAACAUGAUUGAUGAUAAUCAUCACUUUAAACAAACUAACUCUUUCUAUGAACAUUCAAAAGUCAAUGCAAAUGUAAAUGUGAACAGCAUUUCAA